AUGGCCAAAACUAGCUCUCAUGAAUCAAGAAGACAUGGGCAAAACGCCUUGUUAAUUAGCGAGCAGGGCAAAAUCGGAAAGUAUCCCAUCCAUGCUACAGGACACCAGGGAAGCGUUAUGCAUGUAUGCACCCAGGGAACAAUAGACAACAUCGCACAUUGGACCAAAAUAUCAGAGCAUGGUAACAUGGGCCUGGCAGGGGGUAAAGGGGGCCAUUCAAACAUUCGACAGACAGGCAGGCGGCCUUCUUCCCGUAUAAUACUUGGAGGGUGUGUACCCCGUAAUUCUGUUAUUAAUGCAUCGGGCAAUCAUGAUAUCGUCCAGGCGUAA